UCUAUGAUGUACAAAGGAAGGAGGGGUCAGAUGUGUAUUUUUGUAUUGAUUAUUUAGUGUGUGAGCCAUAGUGCGACAUUGUUCUGAAAAUUUCCUAAUAUUGUAUCGUCAAUUACGUUGUAUUGUUUUUUUUUAUCAUUAGUCAUUUGUAUAUUCAUCAACACCGAGUUUCGUCCUUUUCCGCCGUUGUAACAAUUGUUUCAAUAAAAACCAAAAAAUGUCCAUCUGUACGUUUUUGGGCAAGUACAUUUUAUACUUGUUCAACUUACUAUGUCUCAUCUCGAGCGUCUGUAUUUUGUCGAUCGCGUUCAUCAUCUACCAUAAGUUCUACAAAUGGUCAAAUUUUGUCAACACAGAAAUUACCACUACACCAAUUUUACUCUUGUUCAUUGGUCUUGGCCUAUUCCUAAUUUCUGCCAUUGGUCUAUGUGGUGUGCUUAGAGAUAGUGGAUGUCUUUUAACACUGUUUUCUAUACUGCUUACAAUUGUCUUGAUUGGAGAGCUAAUUUUAUCUGGUGUUGUUUAUCAUAUGCGAAAUGAAAUUGAAACAUAUGCUUUGAGUCAAAUGAACCAUACAAUUUCUACUUAUAAUGUAACUGGCCAUAAUACGAGUACAGAAGCCUGGAAUUUGAUACAAUCUGAUAUGGAAUGUUGUGGAGUCUAUGGACCAAAUGAUUGGAAGCCAGUUAUACAUAGCGAUAAUCUACCUAAAUCUUGUUGUCGUGCGAUCCCAGUAAAUGGAUCUUGUACAAAAAUUGAUUCGUACCAAGAUGGCUGUUUUGCUAAAUUUGAAACUAGUGUUCAGGAAAAUAGCCAGUUAUUAAUUUGGACUGCCAUUGGAUUUGCUUUAGUUCAGCUAUUUGCUGUAUUUUUGGCAUGUUGUCGUAAAUGUUCCAUACAUGAAGAAUAUGAAACUGUUUAAAGACAGUGUUUAUUACCUUAUCAUUUAAUUUGUUUCUGAAGUUCAAGAAAUAAUAAUUAAAAGUUAAUCUUAAUUCCAUUUUUAUAUUUGCUUAGUAUUCAUCACAACUAUUAGACCUAUUAUUAUUUAUAAUUAUUAAU